AUGACCAGCCAGAACCACCCGGGGCGGCCUCCAAGCUACUCAUAUAAUCCCGCUGGGAGACCGACGAGUCCGGUGCCGCCGGGCGGCUCGCAGCAACUCACCCAUCACCAUCCUCCUCCUCCGCAUCCUUCCAUCAAUCCCGCCGCCCUUCAAUACAUACAGCCAGGGCCUCCUCCCCCGCUGGCGCCGCCGCCGGGAUACGGAUACCACCAGCCCAUGCAUAACCUUCCCCCGACUCUGGCGCCUCACCAGCCGCCGCCGCCCCGCAAUCCCGCCGCCGAGGUCGAGGGAUCGAACCGAAAUAAGGCGCAGCUGAUUGUUGGAAUCGACUUUGGCACCACGUUUUCGGGCGUUGCGUUCGCCUUUGCGACCAACAAUGAGGCGCGAGAAGACAUCAUCACCGAGUGGCCCGGGGCGGGCACCCACACGAAACAAAAGAUCCCCACGGUGCUCUACUACGACCAGUACCAGAAGGUGGUAGGAUGGGGUCCUGAUAUCGCCGACGCCCUGGCCCCGACGGGGUACCCGAAGCCCGGUGUGCAAAAGGUGGAAUGGUUCAAGCUGCAGCUGAUGACCUCGGGCAACACGUACGUCGAUCCGAUCAACCUGCCCCCAUUGCCGCCCGGCAAGUCGGAGAUCGACGUCGCGGCCGAUUAUCUGUUCAAACUGCGACAAGCGAUGCGCGCACAGCUGCAGAAGACGCUGGGAGAGGUCUUCACCCGUGAAGAGCGCAACAUCCGCUACUUCCUGACCGUGCCGGCCAUCUGGAACGAUGCGGCCAAGGCGGCCACCCGGCAGGCGGCUCUCCAGGCGGGCUUUUUGCGGGACGAGAACGACAAUCGACUGACCCUGAUCACCGAGCCCGAGGCGGCGGCCAUGUUCUGCGCCAAGACGGGACUGCUCAACCUGAAGGUCGGAGACGCCAUUUUGAUCGUCGACUGCGGCGGUGGUACCGUGGAUCUGAUCGCGUAUGAGGUCGAGGACGAGAACCCGUUCACGGUGUCCGAGUGCACGGCAGGAUCGGGCGACUCGUGCGGGUCGACGGCGCUGAAUCGCAACUUUAGCAACAUUCUGCGGGCCAAGAUCCGCAAGAUGAAGCUGCCGGACGGCUCGCGGACGGCGGGGAAGGUCUACGCCAAGUGUAUCAUGGACUUUGAGAACCGGAUCAAGGCGGAUUUCCGCAACAACGGCCAGAAAUGGGCGGUCGACGUGGGCAUUGAGGCGGAUUUCCCGGAGGCGGGAAUCGAGGAGGGGUACAUGACGUUUACGAACGAGGAGAUUCUGCAGUGUUUCGAGCCGGUGGUCAACCGCAUUCUGGAGCUGGUGCGCAAUCAGAUCAUUGCCAUCCAGGCGCAGAACCGAUCGUUGCAGAAUGUGCUGGUCGUGGGUGGAUUUGGUGCGUCUGAAUAUCUCUUCCAGCAGAUCAAGCUGCACGUGCCGCCGCAGUACCAAUCCAAGGUGGUGCGACCGAUGGACUCGGUUGCGGCGAUCGUGAAGGGAGCCGUGACGGCCGGUAUCUCGGAGCGGGUGAUCACGCACCGUGUGGCGCGUCGACACUACCUGAUGGCGACCCUGCAGCCGUUCAAGGAGGGAUACCAUCCGGAGCAGUACCGGGUGCCGAGUCUGGACGGCAAGGACCGGUGCAAGUACACGCGACAGAUUUUUGUGCAGAAGGGAGAGCGGGUGAAGAUUGGCGAGCCGGUCAAGGUCAGCUUUUUCCGGCAGGUCGCGCCGGGGGCGACCCUGAUGUACGAGGACGUUCUAUACGCGUGUGACGAGGAUGUGUGUCCAGAAUAUGUGAAAGAUCCACGCAUCAAAGAAGUGGUCACCCUUACAUCAGACCUGUCCCGGAAAAACCUGGAAAAGGACUUUGAGCGGAUGGACACGCCCAACGGCACGUUCUACCGGGUGUAUUUCGAUAUCUAUCUGACGCUCGACGGCAGCGAGUUCAGCGCCGAGUUGAUAGUGAUAUGCACGCGAACAGCCGACAGCGUAGUCACCAUACGACUGACAUCUACGGUCAAAAGAUGA